AUGCUGCGCUUCCCCGUGAAGAAGAUCCGGAAGCAGUUCAAGCUCCUGCUGCUGCUGGUGCUGCUCACCUCCGCCGUGUGGUUCACUUACCUGCACAUCAACCAGGGCAAGAACAUUAAACUCCACUUUAACUACGGAAAAGAUGGAGAGAGACAGACGGAGGGGACGGACGCCAGCCGUAAGAGGGACACUCGCUCCUCAGCCGGCCACCACAAGAGCGAGGACACCAGCGACAGCAGGGAGGACGAGGCUGCAGAUGAUGAGCCAAUCACAGGAGGGGCAGAUGGCAGAGACCAUACCAGCAUCCGGAAGUUCCUCAGCCAGCGCCACAAGAAAUUGCCAUGGAAACCAGAGUAUAAGGGCCAGGCCAACCUGCAUGUGUUUGAGGACUGGUGUGGCUCCUCUAUAGCCCAACUCAGAAAGAACCUGCACUUCCCUCACUACCCUCACACCAGAACCACACUGAAGAAGCUGGCAGUGGCUCCCAAGUGGAAGAACUAUGGCCUGAGAAUAUUUGGCUUCCUUCACCCUUACAGAGAUGGUGAUUUCCAGUUCUCGGUAUCGUCUGAUGAUAACUCUGAGUUCUGGCUGAGUCCUGAUGAGAGUCCUAUCAAUGCCAGACUGCUGGUCUAUGUAGGACAGCUGGGUACAGAGUGGACCGCUCCAGGCGAGUUCAGCAAGUUCAGGUCCCAGUCCUCCAAGUCUGUGCACCUAAUCUCGUCCAGACGAUACUACUUUGAGAUCCUCCACAAGCAGGAUGACAAGGGCUCGGAUCACGUAGAGGUUGGGUGGCGUCCAUUCCUCCCUGGUCUGAAAUAUGAAGUGAUAGACUCAGCCUACAUCUCCCUGUACACAGACGAGUCCAAUCUGAAGAUGAACAGUGUGGACCACAUCCCCCAGACCUUGGCCAGUCACAUCCGUCUCCCAGAGGAGGCACAGCCCCGGAGUCUGCGGGGAGGCAGCAUCACGCAGCACGGAGCGGAUAUGCUGAAGCCGGACCCCAGGGACACCUUCUACAGCACUCCUAUGAUCGACCCCUCCCGACUGGAAAACGUUCUACCGGCAUGUCUCUACUCUCCAACAUAUGUUGUCAAAGAUUUUCCCAUCGCCAGAUACCAGGGUCUGCAAUUUGUCUAUCUGUCCUUCGUUUACCCGAAUGACUUCACACGUCUCACCCACAUGGAGCGAGAGAACAAGUGCUUCUACAGAGAGUCCCCUAUCUAUUUGGAGAAGUUUGGUUUCUACAAAUAUAUGAAGAUGGAUGAGGAGGAAGAUGACAGACCGUUCUUCUUCCCUAACCCAGAUGAUUUCUUAGAUGAAGAGGAGGUGGUAGAUUUAGAGGAUGAGGCAGAGAUCGUUGGAACACAGUCGCCCAAGAAGCCCUCUCAUCCCAGCCAGACCAGCCACACCUCCGACCCCUCCCAUCAGCACUCCAAGCCUGCGGCAACACCUGCUGGCAGAGAGGAGGGAGAAGAGGAGGCGGACCCUGAUGAAGAGGAGGAGGGAGCUGUCAACAGUAUCAUACGACGAAGAGAAAGGAGACAUUUUCCUCACAGAGAUGGACAGAUGGAAAGGGAUCUGGACAGGGACUGGGGAAGAGAUCAUACAAACAUGAGACAGGACGCCAGAGAGGGACUUGAAGAGCUCCAUACCAGGGUGGUUCACCCUGACAUGGACAACGUAGUCCGCGGUCGCUCCCUGACUUGGAUCCGCACCGGUCCUGCCGAGCUGAGCCCUGGCAGGAAAGCAGGAGGAACAGGUGGCGUAGGAGGAGGAGGAGGAGGAGGAGGAGGAGGAGGAGGAGGAGGAGGAGAGAAAGGAGCUGAAACACUGCCUAAACUGAGCAAGUCCUCCCUCCUCUUCCCCAAAAAGUCCUCCCUCUCUGCCCUGGCCAGCCGAGCCAAGCAGAUCCUCAGCAACUCCGCCCAUAGCAACAACCCCCAUGAUGACAACAACAACAAGCUCGUUGGAAACAAGAAGGAGAAGAGGGAGGAGAACAAGAUCUACAUCACCAGGCCUCGACCUGCCAAGGAGCGGGAGAAGGACCGGGAGAGGGAGAGGGAGCAGCGUCGAGAGAGGAGGGAGGAGAGGGCGUCUCGUCACCCUAGAGAGGUGUUCCCGGGGGUCUUUCUGUACCAAACUGGGAAGACCACAAGGCUGGUGAACCUGGGUGUCAAAGGAGGAGGCGUAAGAGGAAGUAGGAGUCUUGUUAGUGCCCCCCAGCUCUGGCCCAACCCCCCCACUAAAGAGGGUAAGACAUUUCCCCACAAUGGAAGCAUCUACAUACAGGAUGAAAGUGUACAGAAGUCUGCCAGCAGGGCAGCGGGGGCAAAACAAGUGGAGAAAAGGAAAAGGAAAGGGGAGCACCGGGAUUUAAAGACUACUGCCACUGAUGUACCCAGCAAAGGUGACCCGCUAACCCCUCAGUCCCAUCAUCAAGAUCCCCUUCAAGUCAACCAGCAAAGGUUAAACUCCACAGAAAACACACUCCAAGGUCAAACGCGGGUCACCUCUUACCUCAGGACCUCCGAGAUCACAGAGUCCCAGCGGCAGCUAGACUCGGACCCCGACCCGCCAGAACCCGGCCAUGACAUGGGCCGCUCUAAUCCUGGCCCCGACCCUGACCCCGAGCCAGAACCAGAGGAGGGCGAGAUGUCGGACUACAGCUACGAGGAGGUCGAGGCUCGGCCAGGUUGGGCGGAGGAGAGCAUCAACUGGCAGAGGACCUUCUCAGUCAAUCCGAUGGACUUUGAGCUGCUGCGCUCUGACUGGAAUGACCUGCGCUGCAAUGUGUCUGGCAACCUUCAGCUGGCAGAGAGCGAGGUGGUGGACGUGCUGGCUCAGUACAUGGAAAAACUCAACGAACGCAAUGGAGGGAUCUACACCCUGCUGCGAAUUGUCAACGUUGAGAAGCGGCGCGACUCGGCGAGAGGGAACCGUUACCUCGUGGAGCUGGAGCUAAUGGAGAGAGGCCGCAGCGUGGUGCGUCUGUCAGAAUACAUUUACCUGCUGCUCCAUCGCAGCAGGCAGGGUGAGGAAAGCCUGGAGAACACUGACUUUGCCCCGGCCUCGGCACCAGCUUCGGCACCGUCAGCUGCCACGUCCAGCCUCGACACCCCACCGCCCCCUCCCACCAGGUCCCCCGUCCGGCCCAGAGCGACCCCCUGGAGCACCGCCUAUGCCAAGCCUCUGCUCUGCCAGCCGGUCAUGCUGCAGUGGAGGAAAGAUGUCAUGGUGCACUUUGUGGUGCCAGUGAAAAACCAGGCUCGCUGGGUACAGCAGUUUAUCUCUGACAUGGAGAAUCUUCAUAGCCAGACAAAGGAUGACAACUUCAACAUCAUAAUUGUCGACUUUGAGAGUGAAGACAUGGACGUGGAGCAGGCACUAAGAGAGAGCACUGUACCAAGAUACGAGUAUCUAAGGCGAGAAGGGAACUUUGAGCGCUCAGCAGGACUGCAGAUCGGAGUGGACACUAUUGAGGACAGUCACAGCAUUGUGUUCCUGUGUGAUUUGCACAUCCACUUCCCUCUCAACAUCUUGGAAAGCAUCAGGAAGCACUGUGUGGAGGGACGCCUUGCUUUCGCUCCAAUCGUCAUGAGACUCAGCUGCGGCAGCUCGCCACAUGAGCCUGAUGGUUACUGGGAGGUGAACGGCUUUGGCCUGUUUGGAAUCUUUAAGUCUGAUUUUGAUAAGAUCGGAGGGAUGAACACAGAGGAAUUCAAAGACCGCUGGGGUGGAGAGGACUGGGAGCUGCUGGACAGGGUACUGCAGAAUGGUUUGGAGGUAGAGAGACUGCGUUUGAGGAACUUCUUUCACUACUACCACUCCAAACGAGGCAUGUGGAACGCCCAGAACAAGAAAACUCUAAAGGGAUAGUGCCCCCUUCUGAUGUGAGGAUUCUGAAUCUAACUGCAGAUCCACUGUGUGAGAGAGAGAGAGACCUUUGGGAGCUCGCUCACUGCCUGAACUCUGCCUUUAUUUGAAACAGGCUCCUUUCAGGGAUGUUCUGUUUCUCCAUCAGCCCCUCUUGUAUACUUGUCUGUAUGAGGAAACAGAGUCUAAAUCUGAACUUUACAAGCGAGCCGUUUACGCAGACAGACCUGAGUCAUCACUCUGCCUCACUGACUGAACUACUGUACAGAGAGAGGAGAGGUAUUUUUGAUCUCCUUCUCUCUGUCCUUUUUUUGGUGCAAUGUUUUCAGACAGACUGGAAACCAGCUGUUUUGUGUGUGUGUGAGUGUGAGUGUGUGUACGCGUGGGUGUGUAUAUAUAUAUAGCUGUAUGUGAAUGUGUUGCCGCUUGUGUGUGCUUAUGAUGAAAGAAAGCACCUUUUUUCUAACAAAGGAGAU